GCAAAACGGGAGCAAUGCAAGCUUCACCGGCCCCGGGUCUCGAUGGAUGGUCCUUGAUCCGUGCCAAUUUGGAGGGGUGAAGUCGCGACACCUUUUUCAGGGCUUGGGCCGGGUUUGCCACCGCUUCGAAGAAGGAGAUGUGCUAGCCUCUUUAGACUACCGCAAAUGUUUCGAUUUCGUCCACCCGGACGUUGUCUGCGAUAUUCUGCAAGAGGCCGGGCUGCCAGCUGCAAUAGUUAAGGUUCUUCGGUUUAUGUGGGUUCAACGUAGAUUCUUGGAACUAAGUGGCUAUUGUUCACCGGAAGGCGAACACAUUGCCAGUUCGAUGCCACAGGGGGAUGGGAUGAGCCCGCUUGCCCUGAACGUUCUGCUGAGCGCCGCCUGCAGAGCCAUUCGGCAGGACCAGGCAGGCCCUUCCAGCAGCAGCGUCUUCCUGGAUGAUCGAGUCUUCACGGCACGCGCUAACGAGGUAGCCGGCAUCCUAGCACAAUGGGCUGAGUGGAGUGCGGCAUUCGGUCUGCAAGAGAACACUAGGAAACAGGCUCUGGUCUGCAGAGACCCUGUGGCGCGACGCUUUCUUUGCGCCCAAGGCCAAGGUCAGUGGUUACAGGAGUCUGUGCGGGUGCUGGGAGCCGAUUUUACGGCCAGAAGGGACAACUACCAUGCUGUCGCUGAGGAGCGGGUGCAGUCGACGAUACCGCGAGGCAACAAGCUUCUUACUCGAGGCCACUUUAUGGAUGCAGGCUUCAUGGCAGGACUCAACUGCAUCCGUGCUCUGAGGGCCUCUGGAUGGAGAAUGAUGACUCAGGACGUGAGCCAGCCAACCUGGCCCAUGAUCCUCCGAAUGUUGCUGAGAAUGCGUCCAAGAAGGCCAGAAUUGAUCCAGAUGCACCCGCGUGAGCCCGCAAACAAGCAAAUGAGGAUUUCAGCAGUUCACCAUGCGAUUGCUGGAGUGAUACCUGCUUGUAAAUGGGUGGCGUCGAUUGUUGGAGGAGAAGAGGUUGUUGGCAAAGAUGGUUCCAAGAUUGAUGUCGAAGUGAAUGCAGAGGAAGGAGAAAUGGAACAGGAAAUGAGAUUAGCAGAGCCACUGCUCUGGGAAAGUGAGUUCCCUCCAGAAGCUGAGAAGAAAGGAAUGAUGAAGGAAUGA